CACAGGAGAAGAAAACGAGGUUAUGAAGAUCAAAACCUGGGAGACGGAGCACGGCCUGGCGACUUUAGCAAACGGCAUGGAGUACAACCGGGGGAACCUGGUCAUCCCUGCAGACGGACUGUACUACGUCUACUCACAGCUGUCUUACAGGUUUAGGAACGACCUACCGGAAGAUUCGGGCAAGGAAGAGAGAGUCUUCCAGAUCAUCCACUACACGUACAGGAGGAACUCUUACCCUGAACCCAAGCAGAUCAUGAAGACGGCGAAGAGCACGUGCUGGUCCAAGAGAGUGGAGUUCGGGCUGUACACGUCGUUUCAAGGCGGGGUGUUUCAGCUGCAGAAGGGGGACAAGAUCUGGGUCUCAGUGUCGAACGCCCCUCUCAUCUGCUUUGACGAAACGUCGAGCUUCUUCGGUGCAUUUAUGUUGUAUUGAUGAGAGUCACCUGUUGUAACUACUAGAAUAAUGUUGUCAGGUAACCUGUUAUAUGUUAAGUAUGUAUUGACUGCGUAAGAAAAAUAAAAGUAUAUAGUAUAAAGUAAAGGGUAAACUAUUAUGAGUUAUGGGCAAAACGAUCGUUUAAUAAGCCAAGGGCAUGAAUUAUUGACAUGUUAAGUGCAUUGCUACAUCUAAUGCUUUUCAUACACUUUUCGAGGGAAAACUGUCAUUUUUUAAAUAUUUUGUCGAACAAAAAACCUUUUCAAACUGCCUCAACGUCUACCCGAAGAGAAUGACGCUGUAACAUUGACUUGUCAUGCGCUUGUAAUCUUCGAAGGCUGCAAACAGCUUAGAUGUUAGAUUUUGGCAAAUAAGCUCUUUUUUUAAGUUCACUUUGUCACUAGCUGUAAUGUCACAAACUGUGUAUUCUUGUGAACGUGUUGUUAAUGUACCCCAUACAAAGUUAGCUGUGUAUCGAAUUACUUAAAGGUC